GGAACUUGCAUGCCCGCAGAUAUUUACACGUGCACGGUACAAUAAUAGCAUUUCCGAGGGACCAUGAACGCACCAUAUAGAGUCAAAGGAGGAGCGUCAACAUGGUGAAAUUUGGCCUGCAGUUUAAAGCCACCCUAGAAAAUGUGACGAACGUGAGGGCGUUGGGAGAGGACUUCCGGUGGUUUCUGAAGCUUAAAUGUGGUAACUGUGGUGAAAUUCCGGACAAGUGGCAAUAUGUGACCUUAGUGGAGAAUGUGCCCUUAAAAGGAGGACGAGGGCAUGCCAGCAUGGUGCAGAAGUGCAAAUUGUGUGCCAGGGAAAAUUCCAUUGAUAUUUUGGCGGACACAAUAACAGCCUAUAAUGCUGAGGACAACGAAACCUUCAAGACAAUGGUUCAGUUUGAGUGUCGAGGUCUGGAGCCUGUUGACUUCCAACCACAAGCUGGUUUUGCUGCAGAAGGAGCAGAAACCGGAACACCUUUUCUUGAAGUCAACUUGCUGGAAAAAGACUGGACAGACUAUGAUGAGAAGGCCAAGGAGUCAGUAGGGAUCUAUGAGGUCACUCAUCGGUUCAUUAAGUGUUGAUGCCGUCAUCCCAUAACCUUAAGGAGGGGCUGAACGAAACACUACAGCCAAGACUCAAGACUUAGUUCUGAUUCUUGCAAGACAGGAGGACCUCCUAAUUGGAGACAGUGGACUUUGAGAAAUGAAGAACAUAAAUGCAUGUGGACGUGACUGUUAAUCACAUCCUGGAUCGAUCAGAGUAAUCCCAUGCCUUUUUUUUUUCUUACUACUUUUGUCAAUAAAGGGUACGUUUACAAUUCUGAAUCCACCCCCCCCACACACACACAGACACAUUUUAAAAAGAUUUUGAUGCAGAUAAUGACAAAUUAGGCAGAUUUAGGAAGUUGAACAUGACUGUAAACAUGAACCAUUUGAUAAAGAUGAAAGUUUUCAUUUAAAACAAUAAAAACUCAGAAAAAGGUGGCUUCUUAUAAUUUAUUGUAUACUGGUUGUUUGAUCGUCACAAUUAACUUCAUCCAUAAAGGGGGAAACAAUAUUUUAAAGACAAUUUUGUUUUUUCACAUGAUGUAUUACAAAGCUAUUAACCAUGUUUAGGAACAAUAAAAAAAUACUCUGCACAAGUUUAACAAAACGUAUUUUUAAUAUGAUCAGAAUUUUGGUUUUGAAGUUCACUUUUUUGUCAGAAUUGAAGUAAUGUCUGAUAGCAUAACUUAUCUUGUUUACUUGAUUUGAAGCAUUUCAAGCUAAUAGAUGGGCUCUAACGAUCUUAAGACAUUUCACUCUGUCCAAUUUUACAGGUACGUUUGAUUUAGUCGGCAAAGAAUAAACAUUUGGAUUUUA